UUGUAUGUAAUUUUUACAGAGCUGCGUGUUGGUGAAUACGUCUGUGCUGUUCUUGUGGUUUUGAUCUCGAGUAGAAACACAAAUCGCCGGUAGCGAUGGCAAUGCACGUUCCGAAAGGUCCAGGAUUUGCUUCUAUGCUGAAGGAAGGUUCUAAGUUUUUCGCCGGAAUCGAGGAAGCCGUCAUUCGGAACAUCGAAGCUUGCAAGGAGUUCACUAAUACUGUCAAAACAGCAUACGGCCCGAAUGGAAUGAACAAAAUUAUAAUCAAUCAUUUCGGAAAGCUUUUCUUAACCUCCGAUUGUGGAACGAUUGUUCGCGAAUUGGAGGUGAAUCAUCCCGCCGCUAAAAUGAUCGUACAAGCGUCCACUAUGCAGGAACAAGAGGUCGGCGAUGGAACCAAUUUCGUUGUUAUUUUAGCUGGUGCACUUCUGUCGAAUGCGGAAGAUCUCGUUCGAAAGGGAUUGAAACCGGUUGAAGUAGCGAAAGGAUAUGAAUUGGCGCUGAAGAAAUGCUUAGAUAUUCUGCCGAGUUUGGAAGUCGAGAAGGUGGAGAACGUAAAAGACCUCGAAAAAGUCAAACGUGCUAUAAGAGCCUCUCUUUCGAGCAAACAAAAUGGCAACGAGGAUUUCUUAGCGGAUUUAGUCAGCAAAGCUUGCGUUUCCGUGGUUGACGACAAGAACAGUGGCUUCAACGUGGACAACGUCCGUGUUUGCAAAAUUUUGGGCGGAGGUCUGUAUGGCAGCCAGGUUCUGCAAGGAAUGGUGUUCAAACGAGGGGUUGAGACGACCAUCACGAAAGCUGAAAAGGCGAAAGUUGCGGUGUACACCUGUGCUGUCGAUUCUGCUGCGACUGAGACGAAGGGAACCGUGCUGAUCAAAUCUGCCGCCGAGUUGAAGACGUUCAGCCGUGGCGAAGAAUCUUUGCUCGAAACUCAGAUCAAAGCAAUCGCAGAUGCUGGAGUGAAAGUCAUUGUCAGUGGAGGGAAAAUCGCAGAUAUGGCUUUGCACUAUUUGAACAAGUAUGAGAUUAUGGGAGUGCGUUUGCAAUCCAAGUUUGACUUGCGCCGACUCGCGAAAUCGGUUGGAGCUAUCGCAUUGCCAAAGAUGGUUGCUCCGACCCCCGAAGAAGCUGGAUUUUGCGAUCACGUGUAUGUCGACGAGUUGGGAGAAUCUUCUAUUGUGGUAUUCAGGAUGGAUAGCCAGGAAGCGCGUUUGUCGACGAUUGUUAUCCGAGGCUCUACUGAUAACAUGAUGGAUGAUGUUGAGCGAGCGAUUGACGAUGCUAUCAACAAUUUCAAAGUGCUGGCAAGGGAUGGACGACUAGUUCCUGGAGCCGGUGCUGUGGAAAUGGAAUUGUCCUGUCAGAUUGCCAAGUAUGCGAACACCUGUCACGGGCUGGAACAAUACGCGAUACAUAAAUUUGCAGCAUCAUUGGAGGCAUUCCCCAGAACACUGGCUGCCAAUUCUGGCUUAGGCGUGACGAAAGCCAUUGCUGCUCUGAUAGCAAGUCACGGCGAAGGAAAGGCCGCAUCCGGUCUUAACGUCUUGGGGGAAAACGACUCGCCACUGUUGGACGCAGUUGAAGCCGGAAUCCUUGAUCCGCUGCUCACCAAGCAAUGGGGCAUGAAGUAUGAUAUUCUGCAAUUCGCAACUUCCGAAUACGCCUCAAAAUUUGCAGGUUACAAAACCCCUGUGGAGAUGGCGAAAUCUUCGCUUCAUAAUUUUAGAUUAGGAAAGCGUUCUCAGGUCGUUUCCGUUGAUGGCAGUGAUUCGCAAGAGAAAAGUAGCGGUUUUCCUUGCGACAAAGAUUCCUUCCCCGAGGAUGUUGACCAGGACCUUCAUUCCAAUGUGAGAAGGAAGAUCUCAGCUAAACAAAGAAAGCGAGUUGACAGCGAAAGGAAUUUCCUGGCUCUGGUGGAAUCGGGGUCAUUGGUAGAGAUUGGCCGCGAGGCUUUUUUCGUGGUUUGCCGGAACGGCCGCGAGGAUUUAGUCAAUUUGUUGUUGAAUUUCGGCUGUGAUCUGAACGCUCGGAAUGAGUUCGGGGAGACACCUCUUCACGUUGCCGCUGCCGAAGGUCAGCGAGGAAUCGUCGAACUUAUGCUGAAAAAGCGUGCUAAUACUUCAAAUUGUGAUAAUGCUAAAAUGACCCCAUUGCACGUGGCAGUGGAACGCGGUCAUCAGUCAAUCGUGAAAAUGCUGCUUCAUGCCGGUUCCGGUGGAGAUUUGGAAGUUGUCAACGAACGCGGUUUGACUCCUUGGGACACGGCAAUUAAGUCAAAUGACCGAUCGAUGCUGAAGCUGCUUCAGGACUGGAAGAUAAGACAUAGUCAUGAUAAAACGGAAGACGGUUUGCAGAUUCUUCAAGCUCAUGGCAUUCGGUACUUAUCGGAUGAACCUUCCCCGGGGAACAGCGUCAUCUCUUCUCUACUCAGCUUGGGUCGCAAAUUUACUCUGACCGAUGUUGGUAAAGAGUUGCUGAAGCGUAUAGAAAACGAGAGACCGAUUGAUCCCAAGAAGUCUGACUUGUCACCUUCGCGGGAUGAUGUCAAAGACCGGGGAAAACUCCGAUCCUUUCGUUUUUCAAAGAAAAGUCAGCCAUCUUCGAAUGUAGCAUCGAACGGCAUUCGAUCCCCGGACUGCGAAAAAUCAGUGCCUGUGGAUUUUGUCUCGUUGCCUGGGUCUGUGGUGAUAAACCCCAUGGGUGGUGAUGAGGAUUAUGUUCCUGUGAAAGCAAAGGAAAGCGGAAGUGAGGAGGAAUCGGGAUCAGAUGCCAGUAACGAUGAAGGAGAAAGAUCUGUGGAAAGCCGGAAGCGUCGAAAAAAGUCCGACGAAGAUCACGUUUCCUCGAAAAAGCGGACUCGUGCUUCACUCGAUUCCAGUGAUGAGAAGAAUUUGAUAGCAAGAGAAGGGGUCAAAGGCUACGGCUUGCGAAGUGAUCCGACUGCUUUGGAAACUACCUCAAAAAUCUCGCGGAGUUCGGCCACUUCUUCCGUUGUUACUCCGAAUGCGUCGGAAUCCACUACUACUCCGAAAACUCCAGUGAUUCCUCCAGUCCGAUGUUCUAUUAUAGGAAAAAAAGUCGAGGAAUUUAUGGUGAUGAACGACGAGGAUAUUGGGAGGCUUCAGGAUGAAGCCGUUAAGAGAAAAGAGAGGCUGUUGAGUCUCAAGAGGAAAAAGGAUAAAACCGGUGAUGGCGAAAAUAAAGCUGAACCUGCUCCACUGCCGAGCCCCAUGUUUCGGAGUUAUCGUCCGAUUGACGAGAGCCUCAAGGAUUCGAGUGCGCCGAAAGUGAAGCCGGCGGAAAUCAUAGAAGAGGUUGAGGAUCAGGUGGAGGCCGGUAAAGCGAGGCAUGUGAUGGAACAAGUGGAUUUGACUAGUCUUGCACCUCGGAAACCUGACUGGGACCUGAAACGAGACGUUGCCAAGAAGCUGGAGAAGCUCGAGCGACAAACACAACGAGCCAUUGCGGAACUCAUUCGAGAUCGACUGUUGGCUGAGGAAGGACGCAUCGGAAGUAACGAAGAUGAAGCUUCAGCUGGAGAAGUGGAUUUGAACGUCGCUGUGUCUGUGGGUGCUCAGGCAGAAAUGCUUCAAGAUGAUGAUGACGACGAUGACGAUGAAUCAUGAUGAUUUUAUCUUUUGAUCGUUUGAAUGGGUCCGUGAAUUUUGCUCAAGAUUUCAGAUGAAUUUUAGCUUUCUCUGAUGAAAAUAUGAGAAGUCUCUUAGAAGUGUGCUAUUUUCCUUGCGAUCAUGAUAACAGGAGAUGAUGUUUACAGUCGUGUAUAAAACUGAAGUCCUUUGCGAUUAUCAUACUUCGGAAGGAGAAAUUUCAUUCCAUUUCAUGGGAUCGAAAAAGUUUGCUCAUUCUGCUUAUGCCCCAGUUUUCAAUUUAAUCUCCUCGAAAAAUUCAAAAUGCAGUACCGUAUAUGAAAAUGCAUUGUCUUACAAGCUGGAUUCUUGAUGGAAAUUUUGUGGAGAUUUCAUAAGAUCAGAAGCAUGUAUGCAGUUUAUUUGCGAAUCAAAGACCUUUUCGAAUUAUAUUAAUUUCAAUUUCGUGUCCAAAUAGCGCCAAAAGCAGCAAUGCAAGAGAAUACAGGUCGGUGGUGGAUAAAUGAAAUUUAUUUCAAUUUAAACAAUGAAUUCAGUUUAAUUUUAUCUGAAACCUAUUUUCCGAUUCAACAGUAUGUGUAAGAAAGAAUUCUGAUCUUGAGCCAAAUAUCACGGAUUAUGUUUUGUUUUUUGUUCGCUUUUUUCACGAAAGUUUUUGGAAAUGCAAAAUGAUAUUCAUGAA